AUAUUAAAAUACUACCAAGUCAUGUGGAAACUUGCAUACUAUGAUUUAAGAAAUAUUAGAUGUCCCAGAUAACCAAAUCCUGUUUAAACUUUGACAAUAUUCAACCAAGUUGGUGUAUCAACACUGCCAACUUAGCAAAAUCUUGUAUCACUUUCCAUUCUUAUCUUCAAGGUCUUAUAAAUAGCUUGCUAGGAUCAUCAUUUGCAUUCCAACACAGCCUAAAUGGCAAUUUAUAAUGGAUCUUCUGGUUCCAAAUUGCUCGUAGAUGCUGUGCAAAGUGUGGUGCCAAUGAAGCCAACAGAGCCAAGAGCUUCCACUCAAGUUGAAGUUUCAGGGACUCAUAGUUCCACCUUUUUUGGAAGGUGCUUUCACAUUGUUAUGUGCUAUAACAAGGCGUCGGACGAGGAUUCUGGGUGGGUUGCCGCAGGUUGGAUAAAAGAAUCACUUAGUAUAGCACUAUCGGAACAGCCAUUGCUUGCUGGAAGAUUAAGGCGACACGAUGACAAGGGUGAUGAAGAUCUACAUAUUGUUUCAAAUGAUUCGGGUGCUAGAUUGAUUGAGGCCAGAAUUGAUAUGAAUUUGGCAGAUUUUCUUGAUUUGAAGGCAAAGAAAGAUGAAGAAACUAAACUUGUCUUUUGGGAGGAUAUUCUAGACCAGAACCCUGGCUUCUUUCCGUUAUUUUAUGUCCAGGUUACUAACUUCAAGUGCGGUGGAUACUCGAUCGGGAUAAGUAGCAGUCUACUACUUGCGGAUCCGUUUGUCAUGACUAGUUUCCUCAAGAAAUGGGCUAAUGUUCACAAGAGUUUAGUCUUAAAAGCUGACGUGCCAAAAAUGCCCACAUUUUACCUUCCUAAUCUCCGAAAUUCAGCUGGAAAAACUCCCUCUCUGCUAAUGGACUCAAAAACAAACAAAUGUGUUGCACAGAGUGUGAUUUUCAACAUUCCAACAAAGAUUUCAAAUUUGGGCAGCGACAAUUAUCAUAAUCUUGCUGCAGAAUGUAUCCUUGAGGCCGAGCACAUUGUUGGUACAAAAAUGGCCUCAAAUUUCUCACUAUAUGUUAAGAAACCAGACGAGGAUGUUCGGGUAGAAAUUUGUCCUAAAGAAAAGCUGAUUCGGAAGCCAACCAGUAUCGUGAACGGAUUUACUUAUGCAAGUUCAUGGGAUGUUUUAGGGGCUGAUGAAAUAUGCUUCAAUGAAGGAAACAAGGCUGCGUACGUAUCUUGCUGGAUCAACUCAAUAUUUGACGAAGGUUCUGUGAUGAUUGUUGGAACUGAUAAUGAGUACACUUCAGGAACCAAGAUUAUUGUCACAUUCACUGCUGAGUAAUAUAUUCCUUCGUCAUAUCUCAAUUUAGUGUCUCUAUUUUUUAUUUUUAUUUUUUUUUCAGUUAUCGUGAUGAUUAGAUUUUCAGACCAUUAUGUGGAAGAAUUGGAACAUUUAUUAUACAUUUCUAUAUACAACGAGUAAAAUUAUAAUA